AUGUCUUUGACGUUUCUAAACGUAAGAGUGCAAAGAUUAGAUUCGAUUUCCAAAAACGUCUCCUCGACGUCGACGAUGUUUCGACCGAAAUCGAUUGGUUUCUUCCAUCCGUUCACCUCGGAUGGUGGUGGAGGGGAGAGGGUUUUGUGGCAAUUCGUGAAACUGAUGAGAGAGAAGUAUCCAACCGCGAGGGUGGUGAUUUAUACCGGAGAUAAAUGUGAUGAUGGGAAGAGGAAGAAAAAGCUAAUAUUGGAACGAGCGAAAGAGAGAUUCGGUUUAGAUAUAGAUAUUGAUGAUGAUGAUGAUGAUGAUAAUAAUAGUGACAACAAUAAGAAUCGACGACGAGGUACAAUAGAGUUCAAAAGGGUGUACUUUCGAACGUUAUCGCAAAGCAAAUGGUAUCCGGUGGCGACGAUUCUCGGGCAAAUGUUUGGUAUCGUCGUCGUCGCCGUAGAAGCGAUAUCCGGGUUCGCGCCGGAUGUGUUCGUGGAUACAAUUGGAGCGGCGUGGGCGUACCCGUUUAUUCGUUUCUUUUGCGGCGAGAGCACGAAAAUUGUUUCGUACGUGCACUAUCCGACAAUCAGUAGCGACAUGCGCGAACGCGUCCAAAAAGGAAGUUUGAUGUAUAACAACCGCGUGUUUUUCGCAAAAAUUCCAGUUUUGAAGCAGAUUAAGAUUGUCUAUUACACGAUUCUAAUGUCGUUGUACGGGUACUGCGGAGGUAACUUUGCGGACGUCAUCGUUGUCAAUUCAACGUGGACGAAAAAUCACAUCGAUCGACUUUGGGGCGCGUUCGCCAAGAGGAGGGCGAGAAGGACGAAAAAGAAACUCGCGCCGAGACGAGCGAACGAAGGCGAAGCAAUUGUGGUGUAUCCACCGUGCGACGUAUCGUCGGUAGAAUUAAAAGUAAAAGAAGAGAGUAUUACUACUACCAAGGUGCUAGCAACGACGACGAAACUGAUUCAGUUGAAAAAGAGGCCUCCGCCUUCAUCGCUUCCGGAUGCCGCCGGCGACGGUGACGACGACGGCGACAAAGAAGUGAAAAGGAGUCGACAAGAAAACAACACGCCGUACGUAAAGAAAGCGAAGCGUUUGAUUUUGGGAGAGUAUAAAGUGCCACACUUCUCGGCUAUUGCGGUUGGUCAGUUUCGUCCGGAAAAGAACCACAAACUUCUCUUGGAAAGUUGGAAACUGAUGAAGACAAACGUCAAGACGAAUAAACAUCCGGCGUGCGAAAAAGCUGUUUUGAAACUCGUCGGAGGAUUGCGAGACAAGAACGAUUUGCGGAGAUACAACGCGUUAAAAGCGAUGGUCAAAGAAAUGCGCAUCGACGAUUCCGUGGAGUUUUAUCACGAUGUCGAUAACGCGACGUUAAAGGAACUUUUACAACACUCCAUCGUCGGUUUACACGCCAUGACGGAUGAACAUUUUGGCAUUUGCAUCGUCGAAUACAUGGCGUUUGGAGCCAUUCCAAUCGCGCACAACUCAGGUGGGCCCAAAAUGGACAUCGUUCAGCACGGCGUGGACGGAUUUUUAGCCUCCGAUGCGACGUCGUAUGCGGCAGCGUUGGAAGGCGCCUUCGGCAUGAACGACGAAAAGUUGAGAGAAAUGAUUGAAAACGGCAAGAGGAAAAGUUUGCAAUUUAGCGAGGAAAGCUUCAACGCCGGAAUGUACGACGCGCUGAAAACUAUGGGAGGUUUCGCGCCUUAG